AGGAAGAAGAAAACAGAGAAGACGAGGAAGGAAAGGCGAAUGAGAUUUCCGAAAAUAAGGAAUACGAGGAGUAAGAAGAAAAAAUGUUUUUUUUUUUUAAUAAGAGUGAACUAAUGAUAAUGUAUCGGAAUGCACUGCGAUAUAUCAACACCCUUUUAUCAGCAUAUUAUCCAGUCUUACUUCAAGCAUUCUUAAAAUUCCUCGACGCCUACAUAUUACCUAUGGAGAUUCCUUCGAACCACUUCCGCCAGAAACAAUGUCUUUAUCGCAGUUGACGUGUAUAUUCUCCCGUCUCCCUCUCUACUAUCAAUCCUCUCUAUUUCUCCAGCUCAUCGGGAACUGCUGGCCAUUGUGUAUCCGAAUUAUGCUAUUAAUACGCAAUUAUAAAACACUAUUAGCUGGUGGUUUACGUAAGCGCGAGUGAUUUCAGUCUUGGCUCUUAAAUUCAGAGAAAAUGAGGUAGAUGUUUGGGAAAUCGUGAUGUAAAUAUUAGUGUUCAGGAGGAAAUAGCCCAGCCUGGUGGAUAUCUCUUAUGUACAAGUAACUUGCUUUCAUGUGGAUUGAUUUUGAUAUGAAAGGACGAUGAAUAACAAAGCUGAGACGAGAUAUAUGGAAGGUCCGACUACGAUAUGUAAGCACGAACAUUCUUUGGGAACAUUUGCACACUUUCUAAAAAAAUAAUAAUAAUAAACAAAAUAAAAAUUAAAAAAAUAAAUAAAGUCCCCUAUAAUACUCCGGAUCGCACGAAAACUUACCAUACGUAUUUGGGAUCGGGAAGACCAGUGUAUUUAUCUGCGUCACGUGUCGGUGCAAAACAUACGCGGAAAUAUAGUAACUGGCAGCUGGUGUCGCGGCGGCUUUACAAAUAUGCUCACCAGCGCCGGCGUCUCAUUCACCUCUCAGCCCCCGAAGUGAUCACACGGAACAGAAACCCACGGACGUGUUUGGGGACGAACUCCUGCAUAGUUUAGUCUCUUGUUUUUGGUGUGUGUGGCAUCAUUUUAGAAAAAAAGAAACUCUUAGAUGCUAUUCAGUUUAGCAGUAGCUUGUGGAUGUGAUAACAUAUCCCUAGCAGUUUCGGAGGUUAACAUUCACCAGACCCUAGCAUAGGAGGACGAGUACUCUCCUUCCUUCGGCUAUGGGCUGCCCGGAGGCACCGAUGGAAUGUGAAACUCACUGAUUGAGGUUGCCAAAGCCGGACCUUCCGUGUUGUGUUUAUAGCCUCAUGUGGAACUACCUGUUGCAUGCGUGACUCGGUAAAGACAUUGUGCUAAAGUGUAUCUUAUUAGACCGGACGAAAUUAUAUAUAUAUAAAAGACAGCAAGUGAGGGAACCAUGGAUGCUGUUCGCGAGAUGCUACUGCGCCCUGUGACCGCCGUGUCAAGCAUGUGGGACCUGCGUGAACGUCCGCAGUACCGCCUUCACGUCAUCACGGGCGAUCGGCGAGGGGCGGGCACGGACGCCAACGUGUUCGUGGUGGUGCACGACAGCCACGGGAGAGCCUCCAUGCCCAUUCUGUCUAACAAGGUGUUCAGAAACGACAACGAGCGCGGCGCCACGACCACCGUCGACAUCAGCUCCGAUCACGGUCUCCAGGGCCCCAUCACCAAGGUGGAGGUGUGGAGAGAUAACUUCGCAGACAUCAAGAUCUUCUCGGCCAUCACUGGGAUCCUCUUCGGCCAAAGUUCGAAGCGAGGAUCCGCCUCGUGGUUCCUCGACCGGAUCGAAGUAGAGGAGGUUGACCCGCAGAAUAACAAUAGCUUGACAAGUAACGCCCAGCUUGACGGAGGAACCGAGGAGAAUGGUACUAGCAGGAAAAAUCCUGUAACAGUACACAGGGCCCCGGGCGGAGGUCGUGUAUGGGUGUUUCCCUUACAGCGGUGGGUAGUGGCUCACAAGCGAUACACAAUACACCUUCACGACUGCUUCUUACCUCAGGACGACCCCGACAAGGAGCGCCGUGCGGCAGAUAUCAAGGGAAAGCGAGAGUUGUAUACAUACGAACAGAAAGUGAAAGACGGACCCGCACAGAUUGAGAAUUUACCUUCAGAUGAGAAAUUUUCAGAAGACUAUUACUGGACUUUUGCAACUGAAAAGAUAAACCUCCUCGCCAAGACUAAAUUGAUUGAGUGGACAACCAGCAAGUGGAAGACCUUAGAUGACCUUCGGAAAGUCUUCAAUCAGAGUCUGGGAGAACCUAAGUGUAUGUCUGUGUGGCAAGAGGACUGGUGGUUUGGUCUUCAGCGUGUUCAAGGAGUCAACCCCAAUGUUAUAACUGCGUGCAAGAAGAUCCCUGAAAAGUUUGCAGUGACAGAGGAGACCGUCUCUGGAUUGCUAGACGAUAUGACUCUUGCAGAAGCACUGGAGAAAAAUAAAAUGUUCAUCUGCGAUCUAGAGAUUACAGAAGGCCUCCCACACAACGAGAAAGCAGAACUUCCAUCUCCUUUUGCACUGUUCUACCUUAAUAAGGAAGAUAAGCUCAUGCCAGUUGCAAUUCAGCUAAAGCAAGAAGGGGGACAUGAUAACCCAGUGUACACACCCAAAGACCCAUCAAACACCUGGUUGGUGGCGAAGAUGUUCUACAACUGUGCUGAAGCUCAACACCAUCAGGCUCUUACACACCUGGGAUAUACUCACCUCCUGAUGGAAGGAGUGGUGAUCUGCACACAUCGGAAUUUAUCCCCAUCGCAUCCUCUCUUUAAGCUCAUGGCGCCACACUUCCUCUUCCUGCUUGCUAUUAACACGAGAGGUCUGGAGAAACUAGUGUCCCCGGGUGGAUGGGUGGACAACUGUAUGUCGCAGGGACUUGAGGGCAUCUUUGAGCACAUGAAGCGAGGAUUUGAUCGAUGGAGCUUUGAAAGAGAAGGACAAGUGGAAAAGGAACUUGAGGCUCGUGGGGUCAUGGACAAGAACAUCUUGCCCUACUACCCUUACCGAGAUGAUGCGGUUCCACUAUAUCAGGCUAUAAAAAAAUAUGUUAGCACUGUGGUUCGACACCAUUAUGACACACCAGAAAAAUUGACUGGCGAUUAUGAACUGAAAUGGUGGCGUGAGGAACUUGUGAAGCCGCGGGAUCAGAAUGGUGUUGGUUUGAAAGAUAUUCCAGGCAAUGCAGAAGAAGGAUUCACAAGUGUCGAUGAGGUUGUAGACACCAUCACAUCUAUUAUUUCUACGUGCUCGCUUGGUCACGCAGCUGCCAACUUCCAGCAAUACGAGCAGUAUGCCUUUGUUCCCAACUAUCCAGGAAUUCUCUUUGGGAAGAUACCAACGGAAAAGAAAAACUAUACAGAAGAAGACAUCAUGGCCAUGCUGCCUACCAAGAGGAUGACCCUAGAUAUCAUGGUCAUCACCAAACUGCUCUCGAGCCGUGGAACCAAAAGCCUGGGGGAUUUCGAGAUGCAGUACCUCUAUGAUCCUGUUGGGGUGAACGCAGCCAAAGAGUUUCAGAAAGACCUCAAGCGUUUGAGUUUGGAAAUGAAGAAACGAAAUAUUGACCGUCAGUGGGAGUUCGAAUGGCUUGACCCAGAAAUUGUUCCUAACUCAAUUAGCGUUUAGGCCAGACAGAUACUUUAAACAAAGAAAGCUUUACAGACUUACCAUCUUUUGUAAAGUUGCUAUUUUUUAUAUUUGUCCAGAAUUAAGGCACUUACGAUGUUGUGGAUUCAUAUUAGUUUCAUAUUUGAUUGUAUUUAAUGUUUUGUAGAAAAAGGGUGGAUGUCUCCAAUUUUAUAUGAAGUAGUUAGUCUACUUACUUUCAUAUUAUUCAGCUACAUUCUAUGGCUUUACAGUGAACAUAUCCUAUAUGGCAUAUUAUCAUAUAUUCCAAAUUGUAUCUGGAGUAUCCUACAAGGAGCCAGAGAAGUAUAAAGUGCUUUAGUGCAGGCUUCUAGCUUAUAUAUAUAUAUAUAU